AUGUUCGUCAUCACGUUUGGCCUCUUUCUGUACGUAUCCCUUGUGGAUACAUCCGCUACGAGUGACUUGCCCAUUCGAAAGGGGGAGAAGGUCGUUCGUUGCCAGUGUGUGGAUGGUUUCGACCACCACUGCCAGUACCUCAACACGUGCAUCGGCCGGCGAAACCUCAAGCAGUUCCGAUGGCUCAUACUAUGGAACGUCCUGUACCUUGCCGUCCAGAACGCCGUCUCGAUGUACGCCAUCUCGAUUCUCCCGCGACAGACCUCGACGGCGUUCCUCUUGUGCGGACUCACGAUCUUGCCUGGUUUGGCUCUAUUGGGCAUGCUCGUCCUCGCCGCCUUCCAAGUGUACAUUUACUGGAAAGGCAUGCCCACGUUUGAAUUUGCGGUGCAGUGUGCCAGACAGCAUGCAAAAAUGGCGAAGCAGGUGACCGUGGACCACCACAUGGCCACGAUGGCACCUGCAGCGGCCACCAUCACCGUCAGUGAGCAGGUUCAACCCACUCGCGUGCGUGAGUUUGCGUAG